AUGACUGAAUUCGAGACUGAGCUUGAAGGUGACCCAAAAAGCAAGUUAGAGAAGCAAAAAACCCCUUCAUCAUCGUCAGGAUCAUCGAUUCACGAAUUUUCUGGCUUCGAUGCUCUUGAAGUGCAGGAAAUUGCGAGGACUUAUACCAAUGAGGAUACUAGUUCAGCAACCAAAUUGAGAAGAUACUUGACGCAUAUGUCACAAGUACCUGGCGUGAAUUCAGCUGAGGAAAUUGAAGAUGAAAGAUUGGAUCCAAACUCGGAAUAUUUCGAAGCUAAGUUUUGGGUCAAGAAUCAAAAAAAAUUGUUUGAGACUCACCCUGACUACUACAAGCCUUCGAGAUUGGGUGUUGGUUACAGAAACUUGAGAGCUUAUGGUACCGCCAAUGAUAACGAUUAUCAACCAACUGUGACCAAUGGUCUUUGGAAAUACGCUACAGAGGCACUAUCAAUGUUGAAGAAGGAAGACGAGUCAAAAAUGUUCAACAUACUUAAGCAUAUGGAUGCUAUUAUGAGACCUGGCGAGCUUACUGUUGUGUUGGGUAGACCCGGUGCUGGUUGUUCCACCUUGUUGAAGACAAUUGCUGUCAACACCUAUGGUUUCCAUCUUGGUAAGGAAUCAAAGAUCACCUACGAUGGAUUGACACCAAAAGAGAUUGCCAAACACUAUCGAGGCGAUGUCAUCUACUCUGCUGAAACUGAUGUCCACUUCCCUCACUUGUCGGUUGGAGAUACUUUGCAGUUUGCAGCCAGGAUGAGAACUCCACAAAACAGAGGCGAGAAUGUGGAUAGAGAAAAAUAUGCAGAGCACAUGGCUGAUGUGUACAUGGCCACCUAUGGUUUGUUACACACAAAGAAUACUAAUGUUGGUAAUGACUUUGUCAGAGGUGUUUCAGGUGGUGAAAGAAAAAGAGUGUCAAUUGCAGAAGCAUCAUUGAAUGGAGCUAAUAUCCAAUGUUGGGAUAAUGCCACCAGAGGUUUGGAUUCGGCUACCGCAUUGGAGUUUAUCAGAGCAUUAAAGACGUCAGCAGCAGUCUUGGACACCACUCCGUUGAUUGCCAUCUACCAAUGUUCACAAGAUGCUUACGACUUGUUUGACAAGGUUGUUGUAUUGUACGAAGGGUAUCAAAUCUUCUUUGGUCGCGCUGACAAAGCGAAGGAAUUUUUCGUCAACAUGGGGUGGGAUUGUCCUCAAAGACAAACCACUGCCGAUUUCUUGACAUCAUUAUCCAACCCAUCAGAAAGAAAACCACGCCCAGGGUUUGAAAAUAAAGUUCCACGUACAGCUGAAGAGUUCGAAGCACGUUGGAAGAACUCACUUGAGUAUGCUGCUUUGAUAGAAGAAAUCGACGAAUACUUUGCCGAAUGUGACAACCUCAACACUAAGCAAUUAUACCAUGAAUCACACACAGCAAGACAAUCGGACCACAUUCGCCCUGCUUCUCCAUAUACAGUGUCAUUUGGGUUGCAAGUGAAGUAUUUGAUGUACAGAAAUUGGUUGAGAACUAAGGGUGAUCCAUCCAUCACAUUAUUUUCAAUUUUUGGACAAUUGGUAAUGGGCCUCAUCUUAUCAUCAAUGUUUUACAAUAUGAAGUCAGAUACCAAAUCAUUUUAUUGGCGUGGAGCAUCCUUAUUCUUGGCUGUGUUGUUUAACGCGUUUUCGUCGCUUUUGGAGAUUUUGGCCCUUUUCGAUGCAAGACCAAUUGUGGAAAAGCAUAAGAAGUUUGCACUUUACCGACCAUCUGCCGAUGCUUUGGCCAGUGUUAUAACCGAGUUGCCAACGAAAUUCUUUAUGUCCAUGUCAUUCAAUAUUGUUUUUUACUUUAUGGUCAAUUUUAGAAGGGAUGCUGGAAGGUUUUUUUUUUACUGGCUUAUGUGCAUAAUGUGUACGUUGGUCAUGUCACAUAUGUUUAGAUCUAUUGGAGCUGUGUCCAAUUCGAUUGCAGAGGCCAUGACUCCUGCCACUGUUAUAUUACUGGCAAUGAUUAUUUUCACAGGUUUUGUUAUUCCAACACCAAAAAUGUUGGGAUGGUCGAGAUGGAUCAAUUACAUUAACCCUGUUGGAUACGUAUUUGAAUCAUUAAUGGUUAAUGAAUUUCAUAAUAGAGAUUUUUCGUGUGCAGAGUUCGUACCUUCAGGUGCAAAUUAUCAGAAUGCUAGAAACGCAAACCGUGUUUGUUCAGCUGUUGGAUCAAUACCGGGAAGUGAUGUUGUCGAUGGUACAGACUAUCUCAAGUUGUCGUAUGAAUAUUACAAUGCGCACAAGUGGAGAAAUUGGGGAAUUACUGUUGGGUUUGUUGUGUUUUUCUUGUUUGUUUACAUUGCCCUCACGGAAUUCAACAAAGGAGCUAUGCAAAAAGGUGAAAUUGUGUUGUUUUUGAGAGGAUCUUUGAAGAAGCGGAAACAAAAGAGGAUGGAAGAGGCUCAUGAUUCUGAGUUUGGUGGUAUGCCAAACGAAAAAGUGUCACGUGAAGCCGAAGGAGAAGCAGCCAGAUUCGAAAAGACCGGUAACGCAGAUGAAGGGUCCGUAGGAUCAACUGAGAUACCAAGCAAUAGGGAGAUUUUCUUUUGGAAGGAUUUGACUUACCAGGUUAAGAUCAAGAGUGAGGAUAGGGUCAUUUUGGAUCAUGUUGACGGAUGGGUCAAGCCUGGGCAGAUUACGGCAUUGAUGGGAGCAUCUGGUGCUGGUAAGACCACAUUGUUGAACUGUUUGUCGGAACGAGUUACUACAGGUGUGAUUACUGAUGGUACAAGAUUGGUUAAUGGACAUUCUCUCGACUCGUCAUUCCAAAGAUCUAUUGGAUAUGUCCAACAGCAAGAUUUGCAUUUGCCGACAUCCACCGUUAGGGAAGCAUUACAGUUUUCAGCAUACUUGAGACAAUCGAACAAGAUUUCCAAGAAGGAGAAGGAUGAAUAUGUUGACUACAUUAUUGACUUAUUGGAAAUGACGAGUUAUGGUGAUGCUUUGGUUGGUGUUGCCGGAGAAGGAUUGAAUGUUGAACAAAGAAAGCGUUUAACCAUUGGUGUUGAGUUGGUUGCCAAGCCCAAGUUGUUGUUGUUCCUUGAUGAGCCUACUUCAGGAUUGGACUCGCAAACAGCAUGGUCGAUUUGUAAAUUGAUGAGAAAGUUGGCAGACCAUGGACAAGCUAUUUUGUGUACUAUCCAUCAACCUUCGGCAUUAUUGUUGCAGGAAUUUGAUCGUUUAUUGUUCUUGCAGAGAGGUGGUAAAACAGUUUACUUUGGAGACUUGGGCAAGGAUUUCAAAACUUUGAUCAACUAUUUCGAAAAGAAUGGGGCAGACCCAUGUCCACCAGAAGCGAACCCGGCUGAAUGGAUGUUGCAAGUUGUUGGAGCUGCACCGGGCUCCCAUGCCAAACAUGACUAUUUUGAAGUAUGGAGAAAUUCACAGGAGUACCAAGACGUGAGAAAAGAGAUUGCCACUAUGGAAACCGAAUUGUCUAAGUUACCAAGAGAUGAGGACCCGGAAGCUAAAUAUACUUACGCUGCACCACUUUGGAAGCAAUAUUUAAUCGUGACUUGGAGAACCAUCGUUCAAGAUUGGAGAACACCGGAGUACAUAUAUGCAAAGGCUUUUUUAGUUAUCUCAUCAGCGCUUUUCAACGGAUUUUCGUUCUUCAAGGCUGAUAGAACACAACAAGGUUUACAGAAUCAAAUGUUUUCUGUAUUUAUGUUCUUUGUUCCGUUCAAUACCAUGGUACAACAAUUGCUUCCUCAAUUCGUGAAACAAAGAGAUGUUUAUGAAGUUCGAGAAGCUCCCUCUAGAACAUUUAGCUGGUUUGCAUUCAUCACCUCCCAACUCACUGCCGAAAUGCCGUACCAGAUUUUAGUGGGAACAAUUGCAUACUUUUGUUGGUACUACCCUCUUGGAUAUUAUGCAAAUGCUGAACCUACCAACGCUGUUGAUCAAAGGGGUGUUCUUAUGUGGCUUUUCAUCAAUUGCUUCUACGUCUACACGAGCACAAUGGCUCUUUUAUGCAUGUCAUUCAUGGAGCUUGCUGAUAAUGCCGCCAAUCUUGCAACGCUUUUAUUCACCAUGUGUUUAAACUUUUGUGGUGUGCUUAAAACCGGUGAAGAAAUGCCUAGAUUCUGGAUUUUCAUGUACCGUUGCAACCCGUUUACUUAUCUAGUGCAAGGUAUGUUGGCUACAGGGUUGGCGAACACCUCAGCCAAAUGCUCAAGCACAGAGUUGCUAACGGUUGAUCCUCCAAAUGGACAAUCUUGUUCAUCAUACUUGAAAUCCUAUGCAGAGGAAGCGGGAGGUUAUAUUGUCGAAACCAAUGGUUGUCAAUAUUGUACCAUCAAGGAUACGAACACGUUCUUGGCUUCAAUAAAUGCCAGGUAUAGCGAGAGAUGGAGAAAUUUUGGACUUGUUAUUUGUUUCAUUGCAGUCAAUAUAGUUUUCACUGCAUUAUUGUACUGGAUUGCCAGAGUUCCAAAGGGAAACAGGGAAAAGGAGGGCAAAAAGAAGCUGGAGAAGUGA